AAAUAAUAAAACAAUUCAUCAGUUCCAACAAACAAUACAUCACCAAUCAAGAAUUCCAAUUCUUCACUCAUCACAGUCAAGAUGAAGUCUUACAUUGCCAUCACCGCCGUCGGUGCCAUCAUUGGCGCUGCCGUCAACGGUAUGCCCGUCCUCGACAACCAGGCCUCUGCCGGUGUCUUGAACGCUCAGAUUCCCGCUCAGGCUGGAGUUGCUGGCUUCAAGCACAAAAUCCGCCAGGAUGGUGGCUUCGGCGUCUCUCAGCCCAUCGUGAGCUUCGGCUCCAAGGGCCCGGUCGUUCACCAGACUACCAGCACUUCCUGCACCAAGACUGCCACCGAUGGUCACAAGCAGCCCAUCGUCACUACCAUGAGCAAGUGCACCACUUUCUCGGUCAAUGAGGCUAGCCUUGGCCUCACUGGCAUCAUGGAGAUGUGCGCUGGCAUCAAGAGCACUGUGAGCAUGGACAUUGGCACCAAGACCACUCUUGAGCAGGUCAACGCUCCCAUUGUCACCGCUACUCACAUCACCUCCGCUCUCUCCAUGGAGAUCGCCACCUCUGCUCCUGUCGAGCAGACCACUACCCAGGGCAUGAAUGAGCGCAUCUCCAGCUGGUGCGCUACUGCGACUCGCAGCGAUGGCUCCAAACCUCACCUCUGCACCGUCUCUGUGGACUACGAGCACCCUGAUCCCACCGGCACCUUCGUCUACACUCCCUUCUCCGGUCCUACCCCCACUGAACCUACCUUCUUCCUCACCACCCUGAGCGAGGAUCCGGUUAUGCCCUUGAGCGCUCCCGUCUACACUCCCUUCGCCAACGCUACUAGCUCGGAGCCCAGCUUCUUCCUCACCACCUUGAGCAAGGACCCUGAGAAGGUCGCUCCUUCUGCUACCUCGUCCACUGAGGACGUCGAGAUUGGUCUCCCCGUCAUCACUCGUGUUUGGCACGCUGAACCCGUCGAGACUGAGACUCAGACUGUCGUCGUUACCGUCGGUGUCUAGGUUUCAUGACACUUUACACUCAUGUGAUCUCAUCAUCUUAGGAGGCUUGGGAACGGAACUAGAUCGGUGGAUUUUGGGCAUACUGGUGGGGGAUUCAUUCCAUUCAUAGGACGCUUCGGAUUCGGAAAGGUUUGGGUUUGGGAACAGGCGUCAAGGAGGAUUCAGGUCAAUGGGUCAUUCACUCUUCCUUGUGGUUAAGCUUCGACGAGUAUCAGGUUUUCGUUCGUCGUUGGCAGUUACAUGCUGCUUGUUAGUAUCAGCAGCAAAGGCUGCUUAUCCGGUGUGACAAAGAAUACACUGGCAUUGCAAAC